AUGCCCUCUGCGUUGACCAAAUACGUGGUGGCUUUGUAUUCUGUGCUAGCCGGGGUGGAGAAUGCGUUACAGAGGCUCAAGCCUCAUGCCCCAUACAAGGCGGGCGGUGAUGUGGUGAAGAAGUCGGUGAAGGAGUUGACUAAGUACAAUAUUUUAUUAAUGCCAUCUGGUAGGACUGAGUGCAUAGUCCGGCUUUUUGCUGGUUCAGGAAAGUUUGAGACCAAACUGCCGAGUCCAGCCGAAAGCAGCCCGAUGGGAAGCAAAUGGAUCUUCAAGAAGCUAGAGGAUCAUGAUACAGGGUGGAUGUUGUCCAAAGCGUAA